AUGCCAGUCCAAAAAUUGGAGAGCCAUAGACCUUCCCAGCCAGUGGUAUCCCUUUUUGUCAAAAAGGGUUCCAAAAACGGUAUGGAGAUUUUAAUUUUACUCAAGGAGUUAGGGUUGCAAUGCCAACUAAAUGUUGUGGAACACGCGGAAGAGAUUACGGAUGAAGCAUUCCGCUUCGUUGACAUACACGGGCAGCUUCCUAUGCUUACCGACAUACAAGAGGAUGGUGACCACUGGUUCAGACUGCAGGAAUCAGGAGCAAUAAUCCUGUAUCUGGUUGAGAGGUAUGAUAGAGAGCACCGUGUGUCCUUCCCAACUGGAUCUCCGGAAGGUUUGGAACUCAGUAGUUGGCUGUUUUUUUUGGCAUCACGACUAGGGCCGAAUCAUGACGAAGCGGUCCAUUUCUCCUUGAGAGCCCCCGAACAAAUACCAUACGGGAUUUCGCGAUUUGUGGACCAAACGCUUCAGCUGUAUAUGGUGCUAGAGAAGCAUCUGCAAGUCUCACAGAAGCCAUAUAUUGUGGAUGAUAAAUUUUCUGUUGCAGACAUUGUCCACAUCCCUUACAUUACCGGAGCUAAACAUGCUGGCAUUGAUAUCAAACAAUUUCCGGCCUUGGAAGCCUGGCACAAUCGAACCCUGCAACGUCCCUCUGUGGCUGAGGCUCUCGAGGAGGUUGGCCAAGGCGCACUGUAG